AUGCGCAUAAUCGCUCUCCCGCUCACCUCAGAAGCAGCUUCAACCGGUCUCCAUACAUACUACCACUUCCAGACACCCCCGCCCGCAAAGCAAAGAUCGAAUCCAACGCUAUUCAAGAAGGUAACAGAGAAGGCUGCGAGCCUAUGGGCCAGUUUUGGGAAAGCUCCAGAGAAAAGCUGGAAGCGUCGGAUAUUCACGACUGGGGAACGAAUGAUGGACCGAAUAGAAUUUGAAGAGCUAUCCCUCAAGUCAAUGGACCCAUCUUUGGGCCCGAAGCUGUCGAAAUUCGGCCGAUCUGAUAUGCGAAGAGACGAGAAGGAUACUUUGUCGAUACCACUCGUAUACCCACCAUUCUACGAACAACAAGGUCCGCCUCUCAAACAUCUUCGAACACUCCUCGGAAGGCGGACUCCAAAACAUCAAAAAGGCUUCUACAUAUGGUUGCUCAUUUCACCGUUAACGGCUCCCUUCAUGUUAGUCCCGAUAAUACCCAAUUUGCCAUUUUUCUUUUGCGUAUGGCGAUCUUGGCAUCAUUAUAGAGCCUUCAAAGCAUCAUCUUACUUAGAAGCCCUAAUGGAUAAGGGUGCAAUUCGAGCCGAGCCCAACAUCGCGCUGGAUAAAGUCUACGAAACAUACAAGCCAGACCCGCCACCCACCACCAAGUCGCUGUCACCUGAGUCCAGUACAGAUUCAACUACAACCGCAAGAGAAAAUGAAGACGAGAACGCGGAACGAAUCGUACUCGGCAAAGAGGCGGUUCCCAAAAUUGUAUCACUAUUCGACUUGCCUCCGUCUGCAGCGGCAGACUUGUAUCGUGCGCUUGAACAGACAGAGAGUCGAUUAGAGAAAGCGCGUUCAUGA